UUCCGGAAAUCAACUCAUACGUGCAAGUUCCUUUCCAGAUCUGCUGUGAAGAAAAUUGAUGGGAUCGUCUGGGCCAGAAUAAUUACCUCGCCGGGGCUGGCCUGUCUGAAAUCCAGACCUACAUCCUUCCGGUGACUCCGCAUCUCUCCUCUCCGCUCCGUCUCGUUUUCGGCGGGCCCGACCUCACCGCCGCCGCCACCGGCCAUGGAGUUCAUCGACGACGACUGGGACUCCCAGCCGCGCGCGCGCGUCGUCCAUACCCGCGCCAACGCCGUCGCCAACUCCUCCUCCGCCGCCACGGCUAACCCCGCGUCGCGCUCCCUCCCCCACACCGCCGCCUGCGCGGCAUCAGCCGUGCUCCUCCUCGCCGGCGCCUACUCGCUCGGCGCGGCCUACCAGGUCUUCUCCUCCGUCCUCAUCUGGAUCGCGUUCUCCCUGCUCCUCGCCCCUUUCGCGCCCUCCUCCGCCACCGGCGGCGACAUCUCCGUCGGCCGCGGCACCCUCCUCCCCGGCCAGGAACCGUCCGAGGAGCCCACCCCGGACCCCGUCGCACCUUCCCGCCGGGGUCGCCGCCAGAACGCGGCCCCGCCGCCCCCGAAGUCGUCAGAUCCGAUCGCUCCUCCCACCCAGAUGCGUGCGGCGCGGCAGGAGGCUGCUGUCCUGAACGCUGGGGAGAGGGAGGAGGAUGUUGGCGAGUGGACCGACCAAGAAAUGGAGCUUCUCCGGCGGCAGAUGCUGAAGCACCCGGCUGGGGAGCCCCAGCGCUGGGAGAAGAUCGCCUCCGUGUUCGGCGGCCGCCGCACGCCGGAGAGCGUCAUCCGCGCGGCCAAGUCAGGCGCCACCGCAGCAGCUGGGGGCUCAUUCGAGCAGUUCCUGCGCAAGCGCAAGCCGCUCGACCCGAGGGCUGAGGCGGCAGAUGCCGAUGAAGGUGGCAAUGCCGGAGGAGGGGAUGGUGGCGACGGUGGUUGGAGUGCCAGUGAUGACCGUGCUCUGCUUAACGCACUCAAGGAGUUCCCCAAGGACACAGCAAUGAGGUGGGAGAAGGUGGCUGCGGCGGUGCCUGGGAAGACCAAGGCCGGGUGCAUGAAGAGGGUCACUGGGCUCAAGCGUGACUUCCGGAGCAGCAAGGCGCCAUCAGAAGCUUGAAAGCUUCCUUCCUUGGCUGCAACUAUACUUCUCAGAGGGUAGACUGAUAUACUCCUGCAUUGUUGAACUUAUCGAUGAAGAUGUCAAAUGCUGUCCUUCCUAGCAAACUAA